GCAAGAGCUGAAGCACGAUUACUUUCUGCUGCCAGCCCAGGCCAUGAUAUCUGUGAAGUGCUCCUCCUACCACCUCGCUUCCCGGUGCGUGCUGAUGGGAGAUGCCGCCCAUGCCAUUGUGCCCUUCUACGGACAGGGCAUGAAUGCAGGCUUUGAGGAUUGCCUGGUCUUUGAUGAAUUAAUGGACCAGUUCCACAAUGACCUUGGUGCCUGCCUCCCCGAGUUCUCCAGGCUGAGGGUGCCAGAUGACCACGCAAUCUCGGAUUUAGCCAUGUACAACUACGUAGAGAUGCGUGAGCAUGUGAAUUCAACAUGGUUCAUUUUCCGGAAGCACGUCGAUAACUUCCUCCACACCCUCAUGCCUUCCACCAUCGUUCCACUCUACACCAUGGUGACCUUCACCAGAAUUCGUUAUCAUGAGGCACUUCGGCGCUGGAAAUGGCAGAAAAAGAUAAUUAAUCGAGGGCUCUUUGUCACGGGGGCAGCAGGACUGGGUGUCACCUGCCUGCUCAUAAAGCGGCUGGCACAGGACUUGAACUUCUGCACGGAAAACUUGUGGGGCUGGUCCCAUUAUCUGAAGAACAUUGGAAAUUUUCCCUUUGGCACACAAAUGGCUUAA